GCGCUGCCCGGCAUGGUGACGCCACCAGAGAGCCGCACGCACGGCCCUUCGCUCCGUUCCGGUCACCUCCAACCGUCUCCUCCCAGCAGCUGCCAACUCCCAGGCCGCGGGACGCCGCCGAGUUCUCCACGCGGUCCGGGCCGGCGGCGAAACGACCCUCGAGCGCGCGCGGCGCCAGGCCGGAAGUUGCAGGCCACAUCCCGGAAGCUGCUAGCCAAUCAUCGAAAGCUUCCGGCCAAUCACCGGAAGCUACGGAUCGCGCCCCGGAAACGCAAAGGUGUGCCGGGAAAGAUGGCGGCCGCGGGAGAGUCGGCGGCGCCGGUUUGCGUGUUGGUGCUGGGUAUGGCCGGCUCCGGGAAAACCACCUUCGUGCAGUGCCUCGCGGCCCACCUGCACGGCCAGCGGUGCCCACCUUACGUGAUCAACCUGGACCCCGCCGUGCACGAGCUGCCCUUCCCCGCCAACAUCGAUAUCCGGGACACUGUGAAGUACAAAGAAGUCAUGAAGCAAUACGGGCUGGGCCCGAAUGGUGGAAUAGUGACCUCUCUUAAUCUUUUUGCUACGAGAUUUGAUCAGGUGAUGAAGUUUAUCGAAAAACGACAAAAUGCAUCCAAGUAUGUUAUCAUUGACACACCAGGACAGAUUGAGGUGUUCACGUGGUCAGCAUCAGGAACCAUCAUAACUGAGGCACUGGCUUCUUCUUUUCCUUCAGUUGUUGUUUAUGUGAUGGACACCUCUCGCAGUACCAACCCUAUCACCUUUAUGUCCAACAUGCUGUAUGCCUGCAGUAUCCUGUACAAGACAAAGCUGCCUUUUAUUGUUGUCAUGAACAAGACAGACAUAAUUGAUCACAGUUUUGCGGUAGAAUGGAUGCAGGACUUUGAGACUUUUCAGGAUGCUCUGAAUCAAGAGACUUCCUACGUCAGUAACCUGACUCGUUCUAUGAGUUUAGUGCUGGAUGAGUUUUACAGUUCACUGAAGGUGGUUGGUGUCUCCGCUGUGUUAGGCACAGGACUGGAUGAUUUUUUUGUUCAACUUUCUAAAGCUGUAGAAGAAUAUGAGAGGGAAUAUCGUCCAGAAUACGAACGCCUGAGGAGAACAUUGGAGAAGGCUCAAAAUAAACAAAAGAGAGAUCAGCUGGAGCGCCUUCGGAAGGACAUGGGCCCUGUGUGUAUGCAGGGCAACACACUUGCAGGGUCUGAUGAUGCUUCUGCAAUGGGUCCCUCUGAGCUGAUCCUAACACGAGGAAAUCUUGAUGAGGAUGAAGAAGAGAGGGAGAGUGAUACUGAUGACAUCGACCAUGAAGUUACUGAGGAGAGUCAUGAAGAACCAGCCUUCAAAAACUUUAUGCAAGAAACACGGAUGAGAUACCAGAGAAGAAGCAGUGAGAAUGAAUGAGACGCCUAGAAAUAAAUGGCUUGAAAUUCCUUGAGAUGGAAUUAACGGUAAAAGAACAGCAUGAAGAAAGCUGCGUGGAAACAUGCAUGAAGUCUGAAGUCCUUGAACAGCUUCCUCUGAUAUAUUGUAUCUUUCUGCAGUAACUGUUGGUCAUACGAGUAGAGGGUUUUCUAUCCAACUGACUGCACGUUUGGCCAUCUGCUACAAAAUCACAGAACCUUGGGAGUUGGAAGGGACCCCAGUCCAAGCCCUGCUGAAGCAGGUUCUCUACAGCAGGUUGCAUAGGAGAGUUUCCAGGUGGGUUUGAACAUCUCCAGAGUGGGAGACUCCACCACCUCUCUGGGCAGCCUGUUCUGGAGCUCUGCCACCCUCACAGUAAA